GUCGAUUUGUUUUCCCGUUGCCAGUAUGUCGUCAGACGUUGCCCAGCUGCUCAGCCGUGCCCAGAGGAACGCAUCUGCAAUGGCGGCCAGUCUGGCAGCCGCCACCAAAAGCGACAACACUCCCGAGGGCUCACCUCAGUACCGCAGCAAGGCCGUCGGUGCUGAGGUCCUGCAGCUGCCGCCCUCGCCCCAGUCACAGCUACCGCCCUCACCCACAAACAUCGACGUCACCAACGGGCCCAGCAUUUCUGUCGCAGCCGCACAGGCGUCUGUCGAGGGCCGGGACAGUCGAUUUGGGGCCAGCGGAGGGGCUGAUCAGUUGCUGGCGAGUGGUGCGGGCAACACGAUGAAUUGGCGGUCGACAGGCGGGACGGAGAUGCGGCUCGGUGAUGUGACGGCCGACGUCAAUGCCAACACAAUGGACUUCCUCGAGGUGAGUGCUCGGACGGUUGACGAUUUGCUUUGUGUGUCUGUGUGUGUAUGUGUGCAGGAGCAGAAUCAGUGUCGACUGCUGCGUGUGAGUGACCCUGGUGGCCAGCUGGAUGUCCUCGACUACAUCCAAUAUUUGGGAAUCGACCUGCAGGUCAAAGACAUACGCAAUCACGCAGCAAAAAGAGAAGGACAGAUGCAUAUUGGAGUGUUUGCGUUUUUUGUGUGUUUGUGCUUAGCUGGAGCCUCAUUUGAGUUGGAUAGCCCGCGAGAUGCUGGCCGCUCCCAUGCCUCCAGGUGCCGAGAUGCUCAGUAAGUAAGCAGACACACAAGCAACAAGCAAGGACAGACAGCAUAGACCAUCCUGGUCUCGUGUGAGCAGUCAGCAAGCUGGGCAUAGUGUACUUCUAUGACGUCGAGAACGAUUUCUUCACGCUCGAGCACCCACUCACACAGAGGUGACAAUCAGUGGCUAUCAAAAGCAACCCAGUCAGCUUGUCACUCUCUGUCUCUCUGUUAGGUACCUGAAGGCUCUUGAGAAGAGCCGCAUCGAGACCCUGGCACUGAGCAUAUCGCCGCUCACACAGGGUCUGCUACUGCGGCAGCCCGAUGUGCUCUUCCACAGAGAAUUCAGGACGCUGCAAAUACCCUGCCAAGUGAGAUCGAUGCGAGACGGGUGGAGAGAUGGCCGCUUCAUUGAUUGAGUGUGUGUCUGUGUCAGGAUUGCGGUGUGUUUCCGUCGGCUUUGGUGUGUCGUCAGUGUCUCAUGUCGUUCUGCGACAAUUGCUUCCAGCUGCUGCACAACAAGGCAAGACAAGCACACACAGCGAAUGAGUGUCUCCCGACUGCAUUGUGGGUGUCUCUGUAUGUCAAGGGUCGUCGCGCUGAGCACCAGUGGCAGAGAACAGUGAUGGGCAGCUCGUGCUCCGUCUUCACCAAUAAGAAACCACAAUGCUAUUGCGCCGCCUGCGAAGUCAGUAACAGAACAGAAUAUGGCAACCGCCCAGUGUCAUGAGCAGCCUGACUUUUGUGUGUUGUGUUCGUUGCAGGAUUUCUUCUCUUUCGAAGGCUACAAGAGUGUGCAUUCUCGUGGCGGCCGCACCAACCAUGCCGCGAUGCUGCUGCCAGUGGCCGACAGCGAACUCAUCGACACAUCGGUCGGGAAUAACUGAGAAAGCGGAGGGCAGAUUUCAAAUGCAUGGAAGCACUGCCGUUGCAGGUUAAGUGUGAGGAGUGCGAUGACCGUCCGGCCGCCUUCCUGUGCGAUCAGUGCGGCGAUCGGUUCUGCCCGCCAUGCUUCUGGAGAUGCCACUUCAACGGUAAUCACUGACACACCGAGACACAGAUUACCCAUUCGAUGGCUGUGUCUGCGUAUGUGGGUGCAGGGAAUCGGCGGUAUCACACGGUGAGCAAGGCCGCGGUGGCGCCUCUUUGCUCCCAGUGUGAGGAGACCAGGGCGUCCGUCUUCUGCGAACAGUGCCAGGUGAAGUCAGCUCUUUCUAUCUGAUACCUGCACAGGCGCAUAAACAAUUGUGCUAUGUUGUGCCAGGAAUUGUACUGCACGGAGUGCUUCACGCUGAUGCACGUCAAGGGCAACCGCCGCCUGCACCUCUUUUCUGACGCCAUGAACUUCCUGCUCCUGCUCGAAACCAUGGACCCACACAUGCACGUACGCACAAAGAGACACAGACUAUGACCGCUCCAACAGCGCACACUCAUCCAUGCGUCUGCUGUGGACACAGGAGGCGUUUCGACUCGCCCAGCGUCGCAUCAUGCGUCAGAUCUGUCGGCUGCAGGCGUGGAUGCGGGGCAUCGAUGCCCGUCGGUACUUCACCAAACACAGGGCGACGGUGCUCAAGAUCCAGAGGAUGUGGCGCGGGGCGAGGGCCCGCGCCAAGCUGGCUCGCGUCCUGGACCACCUGAGGUGGCGGCGGAAGAACAUCAACGACUGGCUGCUGGACAAGGAAGUCCUCAGGCAGAGACGCCAGCUCAAACAGAUGUUCAAGACGGAGAAAUUCAAGGAACAGCUCGUCCUCAGGAAAACCAAGAGGACCGUCGACGUAGGCCGACAGGACACAGACACACACACAGUCAAGACACAAACGCACCGGUGUUGGUUGAUGCAGGCGCUGCGUGGUGCGAUCGAGGAGUCCGCGGGUGUGAAUCCUCUGGAGGACAUCGAGACGCUGAAACGGACUUUGCAAGCUCAACCACCGAAGCGCAGAGAGGAGAGGGAGGAGGUGCCAGCGUCACCAGUCGACAAGACGGCCAAGUGGGAGACGCUGCGGCGUGCGCUGGUCGCCCCACCUGAAGGCACGGGACCCAUAGCAUUGCCGCCCCCGCUGCACGGACCUGAGGGCCCUGUGGCUGAGUCAGUGAUCAGGAAGAUGGCCGCACUCAAGAAGAAGGUGACGAGAUACCAUAUCCGUGGCAUUUCUGUGAACAGUCGUGGUCUGCGUGCAGGAGCCCGGUCCGUCUCUGUCUCUCCGUUUGCGCGACGAGGCGGCCCAACGGCGGCUAAGCGGCACCAAAGCCACGAGAAUCAAAGGUCAGACCGAAUGAGAGGACGAGGCACCUACAAAGCCUGCCAUGUCUCCCUCCUCCCCAUCCCAUCAGAGUUGACAGACAAGCUGCGCAUGUCAGCUCGGCAGCUGCUGACGGUCGACCAGCGAGUAGAGUACGUCCAUCCACGAGCGUACUCCAAGCCGCCGAAGGAGAGAAGCGAAGGCGAUGCGUCCAGGUAUCCAUGUCUAUCACAGGACGGAGGGAGGGAGACACGACCUCAUUCAUGUGCAUUGUGCUGGGUGUCAGGGUGGAUUCGACUGACCAGGCCACGGCGCAGCAGCGCGGCACGAGGUCCACUUGGCGCAGCAGCGCCAGAAGGGUCAGGAAAUAGCCCAACACGCACGUACAUUUUGCUGCACCGUGUAUGUGGUUGUCUGUUGUGUUAUAGUCCUUCCGAAGUGGGAAGACCGUUACGUUGUGUGACGGCGAGGCACAAGGGCUCACCGCAGCCAUCGGGAAGGGGCAACCAGCGGCCGUUGCUAAUGAGGGAGACAAGGAGGAGGGCGGGCAGUUGGAGGAAGGAGGGCCUGCCUAAGGGGGACUGACUCGUGAUUCAUUCGGUGGUUGGAAAUGGGUUAACUGACUCG